ACUUAUCACCGGACUUGCUUUCGUCUCCCAAGUUGAAGAUUCUGCUAGCUAGCCUUCAUGGAGAUGCUAUGCAGUCCGAUGCAGCCAGGAAGGCUUUAGCCAAUUGGGCCACAACUAACGCCAAGGAAGUGUUUGCGGUAUCCCUCUUCCAGCACCUCUUGCCGACACUCGACAAAAUGAGUGAUUAUCAAGUGAGGCAGUUCAAAGAUGCCGUGAAGAAUUACCGCUGUCCUGCUUCUACUGGACAAGCCAAUGCAAAAGACUCUGUGCCUCCUGCAGCUUAUCGCAGCUACGCCCUGCCAAGUGAUGCCACAUUGGUGCCCCUGCCUUCUGUUGGCAAGGCACUUCUUUCUAACGAAAGCCUUGCAUCAUUUGAUGCAUUCUUCGCUUGUCGAUCAUCACAGAAGGGAUGCUUGAGCAAGAAUGUUGGUCAGGAGACUCAACUGAGUCACGAUCUUCUGGACGUCGUUCCUUCGAAGUUGGACCAAAAGUUGUAUAUUUCAAAUAGAAACUCGGAGGCAUCGUCCAGAAACUCGCAAUUGGUCCUAACUACAGCCUUUCCUGAAGACCGUCCUAGCAACUGCAAGCCUUCGUUGAUGUCUCAAACUCGGCAUCCGACUGGGGCAGAUUUUGGUGUAGUUAAACAGGAAUUGCCGCUGCAAAACAAUUCCUCGUCAUGUUCCUCAAUCGUCCACAAGUUUUCCGUGAAGUCUGAGACCAGCAAGAAAAGGAGUCACUCUUUCACUUUGGACAACAAAUCAAGCUUGCAUGUGCUGAGUUCCCGCUCACAAGUUCCCGCUUCUUGCUCGAAACCGCGCCAGGCUGACUUCCCGAACGCCAUCACCAACUCUUUCCAAAUCGAGCUGUGUGGGAACCUUGAGGAGAAAAAUGUUCAUACCUUAGACAACUUGUCUUUUAAUUCAAACUCGACCUCGAAUCAAAUUGCGUUCAAGAGUGACCAAUCAAAUGACGUUUUGUUUGUAGCUGCAACUCCUUCAGAUAGUACGUUCAGCGAGAUGAACAAAGCUGAUAUCAGCCAACAGAUUGAUGAUCUACGCAAUUUUUUGGAGCAAGUUGAUAAUCAAGAAGCACCAAACAGUGGCUCCUUGCCUCAGUCUGGUGACUUCUCAGGAAGCUCAGCAGGUAGCGAAACCACUGCUCCCAAUGAGACUUCUAUUCUAAGCAAUGCAUCAAGCUCGACUCAGUCUUACAAAAGCGGCAACGUCACGAACCAAGAUGUAACUGCACAUUCGUUUACCUUUGCCAAUAAUGGUGACUCAAAUAACAACCAAGCAACAAGGUUCGCUGAAAACCGAAUUGUUGCCCCUGACCAACAAUCUUUCAACGCCUUUUCUAAUCCAAGAGCCAAUCUAAUAAUUGAGAGUCAAAAUGGCGAGAAAAAUAUUAUGCAAAGCUUCAACUGUUUUGAGACUCGGCCAUGUGCCUCCAAUUCGACACUCGACAAUCUCAUUUCUGAUUCACAUGGUGUAAUAGCUUUGGUCCCGGCAUCUCAUCAAAAUUUAGGGCAGAAUUUGCAGCACAGUAACGAUUCCCUGGAGAUGAACAAAUCAGGGCGUGAGCAAGGUAUGCUGCUAGCUCAGCCUGUUCCACAGACUGUCCUCAUCAGGGAUCUGCGACAUCAGAACAUUCAGGAGCACAUUCAUCAACAGCAAGCUGAGCAACAAACACAUCAACAGCAAGCUGAGCAGCAAAUGCAACAAACGCAUCAACAGCAAGUUCAGCAGCAAAUGCAACUAACACAUCAACAGCAAGCUGAGCAGCAAAUGCAACAAACACAUCAACAACAAGUUCAGCAGCAAAUGCAACAAACACAUCAACAACAAGUUCAGCAGCAAAUGCAACAAACACAUCAACAGCUAGUUGAGCAGCAAAUGUUACUAACACAUCAACAGCAAGCUGAGCAACAAAUGCAACAAACACAUCAACAACAAGUUGAGCAGCAAAUGCAACAAACACAUCAACAAGUUAAGCAGCAAAUGCAACAAACACAUCAACAGCAAGUUGAGCAGCAAAUGCAACAAACACAUCAACAGCAAGCUGAGCAGCAAAUGCAACUAACACAUCAACAAGAGUUGAUGCAGCAGCAAGCCCAGCAAACGCAAAUUCACAAAGCGCGACAAAUGCAACAAAGUAUUCAAAUAUCACAUCAGCAGCAAAUGCAACUCACGCAACAAGAAAUUCAGUCUCAACAACUGAAACUUCUUCAUCAUACACAACAAUUACAGGAAUCUCUGCAACAGCUGCAACAUUCCAACCCCGCACAACAACAACAACAGCUGCUGCUGCAACAUUCCAACCCCGCACAACAACAACAACAGCAGCUGCUACAACAUUCCAACUCGGCUCAACCGCUGCUGCUUCAACAUUCCAACCCGGCACAACAGCAGCUGCUACAACAUUCCAACUCGGCUCAACCGCUUCUGCCUCAACAUUCCAACUCUGCGCAACAGCAGCUGCAGCAAUUUUCGGAGAAUCGGCAGCAACAGCUUCAAUUGUCUCGUCAUAUACAUCAAUUUCAGCAGCAAGAGCUUGCCAGUGACCAUCACCAGCUGCAACAGCAGUCCAGUGGCAAUUUUCAGGUAGAUAUCCUUCCUGCCCAAUCUUUCCCAAGCAAUGUGCUAUCAUUAUCUCCGGAGUCACAAGUUAACACCGACCAACGUCCAGUGUACGGCACUGAAGUGCUGCAACUGCUAUCGUCAUCCCCACACGAGCAAAGUCGCCAGACAACUCUGCAAACCUCAGUCACUUCUCAGCAAAUACAAGCAAAUUAUUCACAAAAUUCUUUUGGUCCAAUAAAACCAAACGAGCCUCUGGAUAAUGCACAUUAUUCAUCAUUGUUGUCCAGCCACGAGUCCCUUCUUAACGGCAUAAUAGACCUGCAACAGCAGUCUAACUUCAGGACAGUCUCAGAAGCCGCCUCAAAUUCUACGAACAACGCUCCUCAGAGCUUUGGAAACUUGCAAAGCAUUAAUGCCUGCCACAGCGCUUCAGAAGGUUCCUUGUCCAGAAUGGAUCUGGAUGCAAACUCGUCAGUAACAUUGACAACCUCAUCCGAAGCGAUUACUAUUGAGGCAUCUUCAAACUUGCCAUCAAACGGCAUUUUCUCGUCAAUAAAGCCUUCGGUUAUGGUCGGACAAAACGAUCCUCUUCUUUCUCAGGUCAACCGUUCCGACAAAUCAUGGACAACAAACACUAAUUUCACGCUAGGUCAAGAUCUCUUCGAACCCAUACUUUGA